AUGUCCGACGUGGCGCAGCACGAAAAGGCGCACGAUGCCUACCCGGACAACAGUAAUUCCGUGUCUGCGGUGGAAGCCGACUAUACUGAACAGGAAGAACGCAAGAUUGUGCGAAAGAUUGACUGGAUCUUACUUCCCAUCCUGACAUUUCUCUACUUGCUGUCAUUCCUCGAUCGUUCGAAUAUUGGAAAUGCUCGUAUCGAAGGCCUGGUUAGCGAUCUCAAGAUCAAGGACUACUCGACCCUGGUCAGCAUCUUUUUUGUCGGCUAUGUCAUUGCCGAACUGCCAGCCAAUUGGGCUCUCAAGGUCACAAAGCCAGCUCUUUGGUUGCCGACACUCACGCUUGUUUGGGGCAUCGUGAGCGUCACGAUGGGCCUGGUUCACAACGAAGCGGGAAUCCUGGGGGUGGCCGAAGCAGGAUUAUUCCCUGGAGUCCUCUACGUCUUUAGUCGCUUCUACAAACGAGCAGAACGAACGGCAAGAGUGUCGUUCUUCUUUUCGGCAGCCGCUGCCGCCGGUGCAUUCGGCGGCGUUCUUGCCUAUGGUCUGGGCAGAAUGAAUGGUAUUGGCGGUAAACACGGCUGGUCCUGGAUCUUCAUCAUUGAGGGUCUCUUGACUAUCGUUGUCUCCUGCAUCGCCUAUCUUAUCAUCCCAAACUAUCCUCACCUCUCUAAUCGGUUUUCGCCGCGCGAGAAAGAGAUCAUCGCCGCACGCCUGGGCGCCGACUCAGACGCUCUCGAAGACGAGAACUUCAGCUGGGCCGAGGUCAGGCGUGCUCUCACAAGCAUCCAAGUCUGGGGCUAUUCGAUCCUUUUCCAUUGCUACAGCUUUGGGCUAUACACCCUCAGCAAUUUCCUUCCCAGCAUCAUCCAAGGGCUUGGCUAUCAGAGCUACCAGGCGCAACUCCUGACGGUCCCUCCGUAUUUCUUCGCCUUUCUCGUCACCAUGACGACUGCAUAUGUGUCGCAACGCCUGAAGAUCCGGGCACCUUUCAUCAUCGGGGCAGCUUUCAUCGCCAUUAUCGGUUACAUUGUCCUCAUCACUUCUCCGACCAUUGGCGGGAAAUACGCUGCCGUCUUCCUCUGUGCUGGUGGAAUCUACUCUGGAACAGCUUUGCUCCUCGCUUGGCCUUCUGAGAAUCUGAUGGGUCAGACUUUCCGUGCAACGGGCCUUGCCAUGGUCAUUUCCAUCGGCGACGUGGGCGCAAUUGUUGGUACUCAACUGUACCGUAUCCCGCUUGGAGGCGUCGCCAACAAGAACUACCACAUCUCAUACGCCCUCACUAUCGUCUACCUCGGCCUGGGAGCUAUCACAGCGGGCUCGUUGUGGUUCGGUCUUGAUCGAGCAAACAAGAAGGCUGCUGCGCUUCCGGCCAAAAACGAGAGUCACGAACAGCUUUGGAAGAAGUUCGGCUUCAUUUAUCAAGUCUAG